CGAGUGGACCAAUACGCUCCCUCAGCUGACAGGGACUAGAGCGAGAACAAAAGAUUUAAUAUCGUCAGCGAUAGUGUAGGAACAUUGUACAGUGUCGAGCAUCAGUAAAUGUGUUCUCACUUGACUGUUGCAAACUUGUGAAACCUUCUCUCUGACAGGACUGUGAGCAAAUAUAUACAUGAACAAAGCGAAAAAAAACUAUUUUUCCUGAAAAAAACUACACAAGAUGAGCCCAGAAAGGUGUUUGAAGGAAAUAAAGUAUUCUUGGGAAGGAUAGACCUCACUGUUUUAGAAAUUAAUUAUCCGUGUUAACAUGGUCUCGACAUCAGGACACACUAUGAUGACUCCACGUCGCUACCUCCGACUGGCUAUCGUCGCAGCCCUGUUGCUUGCUGUAAUCACCAUUUACGUCACGUUCUUCCGUCACCCUCCCCCCGAUAAGCUGAUGGAAAUGAAUCGUCGUAGAGGACAAGACUUUGCUGCCAGUUUCCUCGGGCAUGACGACGAUGUCAAGGCAACACACAAUAAGGAUAAAAAGACAAAUCGUGGUGCUAACGAAGAGAAAGGAGUCGAUGGAGAUUACGAUGAGGAUGAUAAGACGAUGUUAAAAAAUAAAGAGGACAAUGACGUAGUCGAUGAUGAUGAAGAUGUUGAUGCAGAUGAAGCAGGUCCGAAGAAGUCCGGUAAAAAUCAUGUGGAAGGAAUGGUGAAAGGAAAGGCUCAGUGGGACGCUUUUCUUAGGGAUCACAAGUACACAUCUGUUGGUGUGGUCUUUGACAAGUGCGAGAAGCCAACAGCUCAGCUAGGCACGGUCAUACUGCUUGCUGACGAGGAGUUUGGAGGAGUCAAAACCAGAACUUUCUACAACCUUACUCUUGAGGAAGACUUCAAAGGUGGGACUUUUAACAUCGAAGUCAAAUACAACGGCCAGGACCUGUACGACAACUGGUGGGAGAUCUGCGAGAUGGAGGAUGAUCUGGAACCCGAGAAGCGGACCUUCGCCUGCCCCAUCCGCAAGGGAUUAAACAGCCUCGUCAAAGAUAAACACAUACCUGGAUACUUACCAGAGGGACGCUACUUGUCGAAAGCAUGGGUCAAAACUCAGACUGGACGUCUGAUAGCAUGCGGCUUCAGCGACCUCACACUGUGACAACCGUGUAAACUGUGGCCCAGGGAGAAGGAUUCGACCUCAAAGAAAGUUUAAAAAUAAAAACUAGAGAGAACGGUGACGCGGUCGUAGUGUCCUACUGUUUUCAAAAAUGUUCUUUCAAUGACAGAACUAGACAAUGACUGUAUUAACAUGCAGAAUAUAGUGGAGAAAGAGAACUUCUAUAGUGAAAAAACUGAAAGAGAGUGAGAGGGAGGCGCGAGCGCGUGUGUGUGGAGACAAUUCAAUUAACGGCAUAUGUAGUGUGAUAACCAAUUCAAUGAACUUUUUAGAUAUUUUAUCCCUUGCUAGAGAGAGAAAGAGCGAGAAUAGCAUGCAUUGUGUCCCUGUAUUUUCUUUUUGUUUCUCUUUCUCUUUGUGUGUGUUUAUUCUCGAACAUGCAUACGUGCCCACCUACACACAUUCGCCCCGUCCUCCGACCACCACACAAACACCUGUGUGCAGACAUGAAGGUAGCAAAAAUAUGUUAUUUAAAUAACAUGAUGCUUUACAGAGGGAAAUAGAUGUCGUGAUGCUGAUAAAUAAACGAUGGUCACGCGA